GCAUGGAAAAACAUGGAUAACUGCUGACCAUGGAAAAACAUAUAACUGGAGUGUAUACGAAGGCGACCGGAUUCAGAUCGAGGAAGCAAGACCUCGAAGCUAUCGGGGAAGAUGUCGGGUAAUGAGCAGCGAGAGGGUGGUGCACCGAGUGGAGGUGACGGAGAACGUAGGCUGUACCGAACACCAACAUGCUUUGCUUGCAACGAAAAGGGACAUUAUGCGAAUCAAUGUCCGAAUCGGAGCAUGCGGAAUGGAAGUUCUUCUAGACCGUCCACGUUGACAGACUCGAGGAGAUCGAGAUCGCCAAGGCGGUAUGACGCCCGUAGACGCUAUAUGUCCCCACGAAGGCACUCGGACAUGCAUUCACAGAUCAAGGAGCUGAGCAAGAGCCUCACAGUCAUGAAAGAGCACUAUGUAAGGGAACAGGAGAAGAAGGAGGCAAAAGCCAGGAAGAAAAAAGAGAUGGAGGAAGCCAAGAGGGCCGAGGAAGAGGAGAGGGUGAGACAAGAGAGGAAGAAAGCGAAGGAGGAGGCAAAACAGAAAGAAGCCGAGCGAGUGGCUGAGAUGAGGAAGGACCUCAAUAUUCAUAUGGCUACCAAGCUACGUGAGAUGGAGGAUAACUUUGUGGAGAGGGUCAAGCAAGCCAGUGGGCCUCUACAGGCGAAAGACAAAGGCAAGAAGAGAGUCACUUAUCAAUCGGAAGACGACUAUACUUCCGACCACUCCAGCAGAGGCAGUGAGACGAGUAUUACACAGGAGAUAAGUGGACGAACGAAGAAACUGAGAUUGUCGGAGAAGUGCAAACGAGGGAAUGACCCCUGCGUUGAGGAAAACCCGCUAUUGGAGCACUCGCCGAAAAGGACACCGAAGCGCGGCAUCUUGAAGCCCGUACAACUGACUUCUCGCCUGACAAGAUCCAAGGCCAGCAAGAAAGGAUUUCAGUCGCCAAUUGCCAGGAGGAGGACACCCGUCAAGACGCCACUGUCCGGCAGGAAGAAAUCAGGGAUCCAGAAAGUGACCCCAGGGUCGAAGAUGCAAUCGACACCAGCAAUGAAGGGUGCAUUAGCACGUAUGGGUUACAGAGACGCCAUGCUGAACGAGCUCAAGGACCUGGACGCCAUGAAGUUGCAGAAGAUCUGCAACGACGAAGGGAUACACUACGACAAGAAGAUCGAAGCGAUCUUCAAAAUCGCCGAGCAUCGUACGCACCAAGCAUUCGGGAAUGAGGAAGUUGACGAAGAGGCUAUCAUCAAGAUAGCCGACUCGGAAAAUUCCGGAAAACCGGCCGACGAAACCGAGGAAGGUUUGGAGUGAAGUUGCCUAAGUGUUUCGCACUUAUGGAGUUUAUGCAGGUAUUUGACCAAGGUUCGUAAUGACUCAUUAUGCACCGAUAGACGUAUUGAGGAUUUGCUACAUCUC